AUGGGGAACCUUCCACGUGCGCGUUUGGACCACGUAAAGGCCUUUAAUAAAACCGGCGUAGACUUUGCAGGUCCUUUUAAUGUAAAAGCCGCACUGUUACGAAAACUUCGCAUAACAAAAGCAUAUUUGUGCGUCUUUGUGUGCAUGUCAACCACCGCAGUGCAUUUGGAACUCGCAUCGGACCUUUCUACACCGACGUUCAUGGCAGCUCUAGAUCGGUUUCUUGCACGUCGAGGGCAAUGCUCGGAUAUGCAUAGUGACUGUGGCACGAACUUUACUGGUACUCAACGGUAUCUGAGUGAAGUUCAUGACAUCAUCAGUUCGCAGUCCUACACGCGUCAUGUAACUGAGAAGCAGAUAACAUGGCAUUUUAAUCCACCAUCAGCCCCUCACAUGGGUGGAAUGUGGGAAGCAGCUGUUAAGUCGGCGAAAACAUUGUUGAGAAGAGUCAUACAAGAUCAAAUACUGACAUACGAAGAACUGAACACCAUUUUGCAUCGAGUAGAAGCGUCUCUAAACUCACGACCCCUCGGUGCAUUAUCGUCAGACCCCAAUGAUUACACGCCGUUAACCGCUGGCCAUUUUAUAUCGAUGGGACCGCCGGCUAAGAUACCAGUACCAGACAACGAUGAUCGUCCGGUCUCCGUUAGUUUGCGACAACGAUGGACACUGGUAAAACAAAUCCAACAACACUUCUGGCAAAGAUGGCAGCGGGAGUAUUUAACAACGUUGCAACCACGCAAAAAAUGGCUGAAAAUAGCCAUAGACCUCAAGGUGGGUCAGCUUGUUCUAAUCAAAGAACCAUCACCAGCCCUCACGUGGAAAACCGCUCGUAUCGUGGAAGUUUACCCAGGAACGGAUGCCAUAACCCGGGUCGCUGAUGUCAAGUUUGGCCAACUAUCCAAUUGA